AAACCGAACCUAAUCACCACUCAAUCCCAAACCCUACAACUUUCUACACUUUCUACAAGAAAUUCGUUGUGGCUCUCUCUGAGCCUCUGAGAUAGCAACCGAGGGUCUCUGAGACAACGAUCCUGUUAUUGCUCCGACCCUUUCAAAUUUUCUCAGCAAACCAAGAAGAAGUUAGGUUUCAUAAAUUGGAAAUUGGAUUUGGUGGUGCUCCUCCCGUUACAACAAACAUCACUGCAACACAAUGUCGGGCCGUGGAGGACGGGGCCGAUUCCGAAGGGCUUCGAGAUUUGAAGACAAUUUUGGCAGCCGCAACAUCAGUAACAAGAAUCCGCCCUCCAGACACCUCUGGGUUGGCAACCUUUCCCACGCCACACUCGAGCACGACCUUAGCCAUUAUUUCUUACAGUUUGGGGAGCUCGAAAGCGUUGCUUUCCAGCCUGGCCGUAGCUAUGCUUUCAUUAAUUUCAAGAGGGAAGAAGAUGCCUUCGUCGCCAUCAAUGCACUUCAAGGGUUUUCCAUUGCCGGCAACCCUCUUAGAAUUGAGUUUACCAAGGCGGAUAAGCCAUCAACACCAUUACGUGAUGAAGAUUACUCUCAGCAUCAUGAUGGGCAUUCAGCAUCGAGAGGAUCUCCUUUCUCCCAAAGGGAGUUUAGAGCACGACAUGCUAGUCCUGAUCCUUUUUAUCCUGAAAAGUUCAAUGGGAGCGACAAAAGUGUGGAGCCAAGUUCGGUGUUAUGGGUAGGGUUUCCAGCCUUGUUGAAGGUGGAUGAAAUGAUCUUAAGGAAGGCCUUUUCACCUUUUGGGGAGAUUGAGAAGAUUACUGCAUUUCCUGGUCGCAGCUAUGCCUUUGUUCGAUUCAGGAGUGUAGUGUCAGCUUUCAGGGCAAAAGAAAUUCUUCAGGGAAAAUUAUUUGGAAAUCCCCGUGUACAUAUUUGUUUUGCAAAGAGUGAAACUGGCUCAUCCAACGGUGCAAGGAGCUCAAUGAAUGUCCCCCCUUCCCCACAUUCCAAGUCAAACAUUCACCUGGGAUAUUCUGGGAACCUUCGGCAGGAUAGGAAUUUUGGGAGCUUAUCUGGAGAUCUUGGCAUAAGAUCUCAGUUUCUUCCUGAUUUGGAUGCUGGAGAUUCUGAUGCCCAUGGUUUUAAGAGGAAGCGUACUUCAUGGAUGGGUGGAAAUAAUGCAUGUGAAUUGGCAAGGUUUGGAGAUGUUGGGUCUGAUUUAGGACCACCACAUGAUAUUUAUGAACAUCGCGAUAGUUCUACAAGAGAGGGGCGCGCUCCGUUAUCUGAUUAUCCUGAGGAUCCAUGGGACUUAUCAGAAGAUGUUAAUUUCUUUCAUGGAGCCAAGAAAUUGAAGACUGGCCCCUUUCCACCCGAGAAAGACCUUCCAGAGCAUCCUUUUUCUGAUCUUAAACAAGAGAAACAUAGGUUGCCAAAGGUAUUCUCUGAUUUUCCUCGACAUGAGGUCUUCAAUAAAAACUUUGAGGCUGUAUUUCAUGUGAAUAAACAGAGCCCUGAUCACACAAAUAUAGCUGUACCUCAUGGAGAAAGGAGUGAUCAAUGGGGAGAAUCUUAUGAUAGUUUCCAAGUGGGUUCUGGUUCUCUACUAUCAAAGCCUAUUGAGAAAAAAAGAUUCAUGCCGGAAUCGGAUCAGUCUUCUCUGAAUGAAUGGAAAUGGGAAGGGACAAUAGCGAAGGGAGGAACACCUGUAUGUCGUGCUCGCUGCUUUCCUGUGGGAAAAGUCCUGGACAUCAUGUUGCCUGAAUUCUUAGACUGCACUGCAAGGACUGGUCUAGACAUGCUUUCAAAGCAUUACUAUCAAGCAGCUAAAGCUUGGGUUGUCUUCUUUGUACCUGAAAGUGAUGCUGAUAUGGGAUUCUACAAUGAAUUAAUGCAUUAUCUUGGAGAAAAGCAGCGAGCAGCAGUUGCCAAGUUGGAUGAAAAAACUACCUUGUUUCUUGUACCCCCAUCAGACUUCUCGGAGAAAGUACUGAAAGUACCUGGGAAACUGAGCAUCUCUGGUGUUGUUUUGAGGUUAGAGCAUCCUGGUUCAAGUUUUGGGUCUCUUCAUCUUCAAAAUGAGAAGAAAAAUAUCAAUUCAUUGCCCAUUAACAGUGAUGCACCAUAUACAAAGCCAUCAACAGCCUCACUACCUAUUCAUCCAUUAACAUCUUUCCAAGAUUUGGGUAAAUUAGGAGUUCCAAAUGCAUCUUUUUCGGGGAAUGUGGUUACAUCAGCUCCACUUGGAUCAUUUUCAGGUUCUGCUCAUGCUCUCAAUGGCGUAUCUGACUCUUACAAUGAAAACAGGCAUGACUAUCAACUACAUCAAGGAAAUCCUAUGUCUGGUCAGAAUUUAUCGUCCCAUCAUCUGCAGAAUUCAAUUUCUGGUCCUAGAGAUGUACCAUCACAAGUGUCCAAUUGUGCUGUUCCUGUUGUUCAGGAGCACCAUUCAUUCGUGCCAAACACAGGGCAAGAAACAAGCUCUAGUCAUUAUAAAGGUGGAAUUUCUGGUAUUUCAUUAUCCGGAAAUGGCAAGUCAUUUCUUCAGGAAACGCAUACUUCAGCUUCUUUGUCUGUGGCAGCCCUGCAACCAGAUCAACUAGCGCAGUUGGCAUCAUCUCUUCUCGGACAGCAGAGGCAGUCAGGGAGCACGUCACAUAUAUCUUUGGGUGAUGAGUUUAGGUCAACAAACAGAACGAAUGAUUCUGAAAACUCCUUAAGAAUAUCCCAGAAAUAUGUUCUACAGAAUAAUCAGGUGAGUUCUGAGCUUUCGACAUCUCAGUUUGGUCAAGUUCAACAGUUGCAGCAGCAACAACAGCGGACAUCAAAUGUGCCUGCAGUUUCUCGCAUGAUUCAAGGGGUCCAGGGAAAUCAGCUGCUUCAGAACGGUAAUACGCAGAAAGAAGCAGAAGCAGAUCCACAGAAACGACUGCAAGCGACAUUACAGCUGGCAGCUGCUCUUCUUCAGCAGAUCCAACAAGGGAAAGGAAGUUGACCGGCGUAGGAAACUGAAAAGAGUUUCAAUACAUUGGCGUCCUCUGUUACUUGAGAAGAUGGUUAUGGAGUGGAGUAGCUAGAGUCUGCUAGACUAGAAGCUGAUAGUUUCCUUGCCUGCUUUUUUGUAUAAAAAUCAUAUGUAAAUAUCUUUUCGGCUUUCUAGAAUGGUCAAUGUUAAGAUAGGUACAUGUGUUUCGUCUGAAUUAGCUAUGCCAUCAUUAAUUUGUGUUCA